AUGGUUUCUUAUUCACAAUAUUUAACAAAAGAACAAGAGAAUGAACUUCGUGCCAUAGCACAAGCUAUUGUUUCUCCAGGAAAAGGUAUUCUUGCUGCUGAUGAAUCAACAGGUUCAAUGGAAAAAAGAUUAUCACCUCUUGGUCUUGAAAAUACUGAAGAAAAUCGUAGAAAGUAUCGUCAAAUGCUUUUUACAACUGAUAAUGAAAUCUCAAAUUAUAUUUCUGGUGUUAUAAUGUUCCAUGAAACUUUCUACCAAAAGACAGAUGAUGGAGUACCAUUUGUUGAUGUUUUAAGAUCUAAAGGAAUCAUACCAGGAAUUAAAGUUGAUAGAGGUGUUGUACCAAUUGCUGGAACUGUUGGAGAAUGUACAACUCAAGGAAUGGAUGAUCUUAAUGCCCGUUGUGCUCAAUAUAAAAAGGAUGGAGCACAAUUUGCUAAAUGGAGAUGUGUUCAUAAAAUUUCAGGAACAACACCAUCUCAUACUGCUUUAGUUGAGGUUGCUAAUAAUUUAGCUAGAUAUGCCUCAAUCUGCCAACAAAAUGGACUUGUUCCAAUUGUUGAACCAGAAACUCUUCCUGAUGGAGAUCAUGAUCUUGCUAGAUGUCAAAAGAUCACUGAAACUGUCCUUGCUUAUACUUAUAAGGCUUUAAAUGAUCACCAUGUAUUCCUUGAGGGUACACUUCUUAAACCUAAUAUGGUUACCCCUGGACAAUCAUAUGCUGGUGGUAAAUAUUCACAUCAAGAUAUUGGAAUGGCAACCGUUACAGCUCUUCAAAGAACUGUUCCAGUUGCAGUUCCUGGAGUUGUCUUUUUAUCAGGUGGUCAAUCUGAGGAAGAUGCUACUGUUAAUCUUAAUGCUAUGAAUGCCUAUCAUACUAAAAAACCAUGGGCUUUAACUUUCUCAUAUGGUAGAGCUCUCCAGGCUUCAGCUAUUAAAGCAUGGGCUGGAAAAGAUGAAAAUAUUCUUGCAGCUCAGGCUGUUCUUCUUAAAAGAGCUAGAGCUAACUCUUUAGCCUCACUUGGUAAAUAUGCUGGUGAAGCUGGUGACACAACAGCAGGAGAAUCUCUUUUUGUAGCUAAUCAUGCAUAUUAA